AUGGCGCCUCCUCAAGACGAAGAAAUGCGGGGUCCCUCUUCCUCCUCCUCUUCCGAGGGCGAGUCUCAGUUUGAGUCAGAAGAUGAGGCUCCCCAGAAGAAGCCGACUAUUGCGCUCUACGAUAAGGAUUCGGACGAGGAAGAGCUGGAGCGACUUGUUCUAGGUAACAAGGCGGGUUUCCGCGCGCAAUUGUUCAAGGACGAUGGACUUUUCGAUAGCACCUGGGAUGUAGAGGGUAAAGAGCUUCAGCUUGCUGAGCGAGACCCCGGACUGGAGGAUAUUGAAGAUGCAGACCUGUUCAUGUUUGACACCGGAGCUGCACCAGGAACUGCACAGAUCACAAAAGCAGCAAAAUCCACCGAUGGAAACGCCCCUGUUUGGGAAGACAGCGACGACGACAGACUAGCGAUCUCACUCGCCGGAGCUACUCGGUUACGAAAGCUGCGACAGACGGAGGCCGAAGAUCUUGUUAGCGGAACAGAGUACAGCAGGAGAUUGCGACAGCAGUAUCUUCGACUUAACCCCCUUCCCGCAUGGGCGCGCGAAGCAGAUGGACGACCGAGCAAGCGAAGAAGAUCAUCCGCUGCGUCUGACUCUUCGGCGGACGACGAUUCGGACUCGGAGAUCUCUGUGCAGCCUCUUGAAAAGUUCCUUCGUGACGUCAACAGCCUGGCCGGAGCUGGAUCGACCAAGAAAAGACGCCUACGACCCGAGGUCAUUGAUAUUCAGCGCACACGAGAGAUCCCAGACAAGCACAAAGCCCCAGUUGCCUGCCUUUCCUUCCACCCCGAGUACCCGGUCCUCCUCUCCUCCAGCACCGCUUCUGUUCUCUACCUUCAUCACAUCGCACCCGCCGCCCAUCCGACGCCCAAUCCCCAGUUGACCUCGGUUCAAAUCAAGCAAGUCGACGUUCGAAGGGCCGAGUUCCUAUACCCCCACGGCGACAAGGUCAUCUUUGCUGGACGACGAAAAUACUUCCACCAUUGGGAUCUCAAGACGGGAACUGUGCAGAAGACGACGCAGAUCCUCGGUCACAGACUCGAGCAUAAGACUAUGGAGCGCUUCAGACUUAGCCCCUGCGGACGAUAUAUGGCAAUUGUGGCGUCUACCAGAAAGGGAGGCGGUAUUAUCAACAUUCUGAACACAACAUCUAUGCAGUGGAUCGCAGCCGCCAGACUAUCGAGUCAAAACGGUAUUGCGGACUUUGCUUGGUGGAGCACUGGAAACGGAAUGACCAUCCUUGGUAGGGAUGGCCAAGUCGGCGAGUACAGCAUGGAGAGCCGCUCAUUCGUAGGAAUAUGGCACGACGAGGGAUGCGUCGGCGGUAUUGUCCUCGCCCUGGGCGGUCAUCAAGGCCCUGCUGUACUGGGCGAUGAUCGCUGGGUCGCCGUAGGUUCCAACAGUGGUAUUACCAACAUCUACGACCGCAACGAGCUCGUCGUUCUCAAGUUGGAAGAAGUAACCAUCAAGGAGCGCCCUACGCCCACGCGAGUCUUCGAGCAGCUCGUCACCCCCAUCACACACAUUACGUUCUCACCUGACGGCCAGCUCAUGGCCUUUGGAAGCCAGCACAAGAAGGACGCGCUGCGACUGGUGCAUCUGCCUACCUGCACGGUGUACCGUAACUGGCCUACGGAACAGACACCUCUUGGACGGAUCACGGCGGUUGCGUUUGGGAACCAGAGCAAUUUGUUGGCGGUUGGUAAUGACACAGGAAAGAUUCGGCUUUGGGAGAUUAGGAGUUAG